AGUAUCAAUCAUUCGGAAAAGGAAAGCAAAAGCCUUCCCCUUUUCCCCGGAGCCGCCCUCCAUUACCCUAUCCGAUUCUCUCCUUUCCUUUUUCGGAGGAAUAAGAUUCCGCCUUUUCUGCUGCUGCCUACGUCGGCAGAGCACCUGAAGCUGGCGAUGAUGACGGUCGACUGGGAUUCCGAGUCUUACCCAGCAGUCAGCGACUUCACAGCCCUCCCACUCUUUGCCCUGUACUUCCCGGUUCUUCGUCUUCUCCUCGACAAAUUCGUCUUCGAGGGAUUGGCGAGGCGGCUGAUUUUCGGGAAGAAUCAUGCCAAGCUGGACCUCGAGGCGGUUCAUAGGAGGAAGAAGAUCAUUAAGUUUAGGGAGUCGGCGUGGAAAUGCCUCUAUUUUUUCUCUGCGGAGAUCUUGAAUGUUUAUCUUUGUUACAGCGAGCCAUGGUUCACUAAUACGAAGUACUUCUGGGUGGGACCGGAAGAUCAGAUUUGGCCCGAUCAGAAGAUGAAAUUGAAGUUGAAGGGUCUCUACAUGUAUGCUGCUGGGUUUUACACGUAUUCCAUAUUUGCCUUGAUUUUCUGGGAAACAAGGCGAUCGGACAUGCUUGUCACGAUGGCCCAUCAUGUAUCAACUGUCCUUCUCCUCGUCUUGUCCUACAUGUUCAGAUUCGCUCGUGUUGGAGCAGUUGUCUUAGCCCUCCACGAUGUGACUGAUGUUUUCAUGGAAGUGGCAAAGAUGUCGAAGUAUAGUGGCUAUCAACGGGUCGCUGACACUUUCUUUAUCCUUUUUGGAGUCUGUUGGACUCUGUUCCGCACUUUCUGCUAUCCCAUUUGGGUUCUCCGUAGCACAAGUUACGAGGUUCUUCUGACUUUGGAUAUGGAGAAGCACAAGGUGGAUGGAACUAUAUACUAUUACAUCUUCAACACGCUUCUGUUCUUCUUGCUGAUCAUUGAUAUGUACUGGUGGGUGUUGUUAUGUCGGAUGGUCGUGAAACUGAUCCAAACCGGCCACGUCAAUGAUGAUGUUCGAUCAGAUUCAGAAAGUGAUGAAGAUCACGAGGAUUAAUCAUUCAUAGCAGAAGAUCAUAAAGGAUAAACACACAUCUUCGUGAUAAGGCAUUCUCAGUCAUUCUAUUUUCCAGAGGAACUCCAGAUGGAGUGAUCUACGAUGUGCGGGAUUGCUUAAACUGCUUCUGGUUAUUUAUACAUCAUCCGAAACCUUAAAAGAUAUGGUGGGCUAGCUGAGUAAAUUUAGAUAGGAUCGGCUGAUCCGGGAUUGGAAAAAUGUGCAAAGUUUCACAAAUCAUUUCGUCAAUAGAUGAUAUGAAUAUAUAUUCUGAUUCAUCAACACGUAAUAUAUGGAUGUUUAUCGUGUCCCGA